AUGAAGGCGAUUUUCUUCGUUGUGCUGGCAGUAUGUGCCGGGUCAGCCCAGGCAAACUGGAUGAAGCUGCCGUCCCUCAUCAUCCGCGAAACCCAACAUCUGAUGAACUUUGAUAAGCUUCCAGCGCCCAUUAUCGAAGACAACGAACCGGAAAGGGCAAUCGAUGAGCCAGUUUUUAGAGGGGAUCUGGAGAAAGUACGUGUGAUCAGCUCUGAGGAUCUUCGCCUCAGCUCGUCGGCCGAGGAAGGGGUGAUGGAAGAGAAGGUACACUUGUCGCCACCAAAGGAGUUCGUGCCCAACAAGCUUCCUUCUCCAAUCGAUGAUAUGGAUCACCUGAAUCGCGAUGGGAUCGAGGCCGACGGGAAGUGGGAACCAUCGUUGGACACCGAGGGUCAGUACGAGACUUAUUCAAAGGACGUAUUUUGGGGUGAGGACGAGGCCGGGAAAGAGCGACCAUCGUAUAUUGGGGGACUUCUGAAGUCCGAAAAGGCUGCUGUACUCAAGCUCUCCCAAAUGGAGUGGGAAUCCCCCGACUACGAUUUCGAUGCCCUUCCGGAGGCUUUUGACUGGCGUAACGUGAACGGAACGAACUACUGCUCGCCUAACCGCAAUCAACACAUCCCGGUGUACUGCGGCUCGUGCUGGGUGUUCGGCACCACUGGAAUGCUGAACGAUCGAUUCAACGUUGCUAAGAAGGGACGCUGGCCAAUGACGAUGGUAUCACCCCAGGAAAUCAUUGACUGUGGUGGAAAGGGAAAUUGUCAGGGUGGUACGGUAGGUGAUGUGUUGGAGCAUGCACAGAAAAAUGGGCUCGUCGAGGAGGGAUCCUGCUGGAAGCGC